AUGGAGAAUUGUAUUGCAAAAUUGAAAAAUGAAUUGCAGCUUAAAGAGGAAAGAUUACAAGAAGUGUUGGUAGAACUAAAUAAACUGCAGAAGCAUUUGGAAAAUUUUGAAGGCAAGCUGCACAGUCAAAGGAAUGAAUUAGCGAAUAAACAUGCUGAGGAAAAGUUGAUGCUCGUCAAAGAGCAGCAGCGAUUGCUAUUGGAAUGCGAGACUUUACAAUCGCGACUGCAGACGAUCGAGAAAGAGAAAUGCGACAUCGCGAAAUCUGCCACACAAGUGGAAAAUAAAUUGCUACUUCAAGAAGAGAAAAUGCAGCAGGCACUGAUGGAACAAAACAAAUGGCAAAAACAAGUAAAUGACGCCGAGCGCGAAUUCCAUUCACAGAAAAAUGAAUUAGUAAGCGCACACGCUAAGGAAAAAGCAUUGUUCAUCGAAGAACAACAGCGGCUACAAUCAAAAUUGGAAAGUUUACAAUCGCAAUUGAAUACACUAGAACAGGAUAAGAUUAAUACUACGGAAAUGAUAGCGCAAAAGGAUACACUUAUCUCAAAAUUACAGAAUGAAAUCUCCAUGUACAAAAACGAAGUAGAGGUGAUAAUGGCGAGAUAUAACCAGAUGUGUACUAAAAGUGAAGCAUUACUGAAUAGACAAAAUAUGCUGGAGAAUGAAUUAAGUGUAAAAACGGGAAAGAUCCAGAAUUUAGAAACGAUAUUAAGCUCAUUGAAACUAAGGGAGACAGGUUUCGUUAACGACGUAAACAGAAUAGAAAAAAAAUUAUCAAGUGAAAUAAAUUAUUCCAAGAAUCUCGAAAAUAAGCUUUCGAUCGUGCAGAAAGAUUUGCAACUCACACAGAAGCAAAACGCUGAAAUGCAAACGAUUCUGGAACAAACUAAGACCACCAACGACAUUUCCAUUAGCACACUUCAACUGCAACUAAAGACUCUUCAGAAGGAAAAAGAAGUCAGUAAACGAGAAAGCACAAGAGUUAAGGUUUCUAGCGUGGGUUUAUACGAUAGCGAUGAAGAUAAAUUAUCGUCGCAGACACUGACUCGUACAUCUUUGGCAAAGAGGCAGAGUCAAGACAAGCAAGAGGUGGUUCCAUCAACAGGAAAAAAGUUUUUCAAGUCGCGUCCUACUCAACCACGUACUUACGGUAAACGACGAGAAGAUUGA